AGACUCGAAGUUCUUGGUGGCGUAAAAUUGUGCAUGAUCACCGGCUGAGAGAAAAUUCGUUAUAUUUGAAAUGUUGUAGCCAACCCCGUGAUAAAAACGAGUUUUUUUCCAAGUAGACUCUUCGAGAAAGUGGACCAUUGUAGAUGAACUGAAGAUUUAACAUCGAAAUAACUAAAAACUCUUUUCAUUUUGAGCAGUUUCUAUUUUUUCAUACAAGACUUCGGUCGGCUUGUAAAAUAUCGCUUCGACGACUACAUUGGAAGGCGCUUACGAGCGAGCUUGCUGGUGUUUACGUCCGCUUUUUUUUUGAAAAUUAACUCUGCUGGAGGAAUUUGACGGAUGAAAUGUUGCAAGGAAAGGAAAAUAUUCAGCAACCCAGAGCAGUACCAUCGCCAAAAGCAACCACAAGCAGUUUUAAGCAAUUAAGAAUAUCUAAAACAUCCAGCGUUUUGACAGAUUUAAAACCUCAAAAAAAUGGUGAACCACAACAAUCAGUGUCAGUGGAAUCUGGGAAGUCUCUAACAAAAACAUAUAUUGCAAAUCCUUCCCAACCGAAUGGAAAAGAAAAGAAAAAAGAUCCUUUGGAGUUAAUGCCUCCACCAAAAGUACCUGUGUCCUCCAAACCAGCAGAAUCCCAACAGUGUCAUCAAGAAAAUGAAAACAAAACUGAAACGACAAAAAGCAAUGGGAAUACAACAGAAUCAAACAAAAAAAAGGAAAAUGAGAAGAAAUGGCUGCUCACUGAUUUUGAUAUCGGGCGACCUCUUGGCAAAGGCAAGUUUGGCAACGUGUACUUAGCUCGAGAAAAGAAAUCCAAGUACGUUGUUGCCAUGAAGGUAUUAUUCAAGACUCAGAUUCAACAAGCGGAUGUGGAGCAUCAAGUGCGUAGAGAAAUUGAAAUUCAAACACAUUUAAGGCAUCCAAAUAUACUUCGGAUGUACGGAUAUUUCCAUGACGAGAGAAGAAUAUAUAUGAUCUUGGAGUAUGCUCCUGGUGGAGAACUGUACAAACAUUUAAGUGCUCAGCCGGAUAAACGAUUCAGUGAAGAACAAACGGCGAACUACAUUUACCAAUUGGCUGAUGCUCUUAAAUAUUGUCACAGCAAAGGUGUAAUACACCGUGACAUAAAACCAGAAAAUUUGUUACUCGGUACCCAGGGUGAACUCAAAAUAGCUGACUUUGGGUGGUCCGUUCAUGCUCCAUCGUCAAGACGUCAUACGAUGUGUGGCACACUGGAUUAUCUUUCGCCUGAAAUGGUCGCUGGAAAAACUCACAGUCACACCGUAGAUUUGUGGGGUGUUGGUGUUUUGUGCUACGAGUGCCUCGUCGGAACUCCACCUUUUAUUGCUCAAACCUACGAAGAAACGUACUUAAAAAUUAAAAAAGCUCAGUACAAGUUCCCAAGUCACGUGAGCGAGGGCGCCAGAGAUUUCAUUUCCAAGCUGUUGGUGAUCGAACCCGCACACAGGAUGCCCUUGGAUGGAAUUUUAACACACCCAUGGAUAACCAAAACAAAAACUGCUCAACCGAUCAAACAAAGCAGUAAAAAAUAAUUAAACUACCAUCGGAGGAUCAUUGAAAAAUAAAUAACAAGGGUGUCUUAAAAAAUUAGCGGCGUACUAGAUUAGUUAAAUAAAAUAGUGUGUUCUUACGUUUUCAAAAAGUGUUCAUUGAAAAUAAGGUGAAAUGUAAAAUUAUUCGUAAUCAUAAUUUUUUUAAUUUCAUAUUUUAUUGUAAGAAUAUUUUAUACUUUUUUAUAAGAGUAGAAUGUGAGGUUCAUGAAAUAAAACAUAAAGAAACUUCCCUUUAAA